CACAAAUUGGACAUGAGCUUAAAGGCAGUGUGGCCUGUUUCCUGUGCAUGUCAUGAUGGAUCGAGCAGCUCUCCAGCUGAUUCUCUUGGGUGUUUUUCUCAUCUCAGCCUCUUCAGGUCCUGUUAAGAAGAAACAAAAUGUGGAUAUAUACAGCUUCUACAUCAACUCCACGGUCACCAGUCGCUACGCCACAACAGUCAUCACAAGCCGUGUUGCGAACACACUGAAUGAAUCUCAAGAGAUCCAGUUUGAGGUCAAGAUUCCCAAGAAUGCCUUCAUCAGCAAAUUCAGAAUGGUUAUAGAGGGAAAAACAUAUGAUGGAGUUGUGAAAGAAAAAGAGGAAGCUCAGCAGCAAUACAAUCGAGCAGUAUCUCGAGGACAAAGUGCUGGACUGGUCAAAUCUGUUGGAAGGACUUUAGAGGACUUUAAAACUUCAGUGACAGUGGCUGCUUUUAGUAAAGUGACCUUUGAGUUGACCUACGAGGAACUGCUAAAGCGUCGCCUCGGCAAAUAUGAGCUACUCAUCAAUGCCCAACCGAUGCAGCCGGUGGCUGACUUCAAGAUGGACGUACACAUCCAAGAGAAACCAGGAAUUUCCUCCUUGGAGGUGAAAGGAGAUUUGAGCACCGGUGAUCUGGGCAAUGCCAUCAAAACCACCAGAGCAGACAAAGACGCAUGGGUGACCUUCUAUCCCUCUCGAGAUCAACAGACCAAGUGUAAAAGCUGUGGAGAAAAUGGGCUGAAUGGAGACCUGCUUGUAACAUAUGAUGUCAACAGACAAAAUCCUAAUGGAGAAAUCAUGGUAUCAAAUGGCUAUUUCGUCCACUACUUUGCACCCUCUGAUGUUCCACGUAUUUCCAAAAAUGUGGUGUUUAUCAUUGACCAGAGUAGCUCUAUGAGAGGCAGAAAAAUAAAACAGACUCGAUUGGCACUGCUAAGGAUUUUAAGUGAUCUUGAUGAGGAUGACCACUUUGGAUUGAUCACCUUUGACCACGAAGUUAGCUUAUGGAAACAUGAGCUUCUCAAAGCUACUGAGGCAAAUCUGAAGAAUGCAAAGUCUUUUGUGAAGGAGAUCAAAGAUAGAGGAGCCACGGACAUAAAUGCUGCAGUUCUAGCAGGAGUGGACAUGAUCAAUCGACAUCCACGAGAGGGAACAGCCUCCAUCCUGAUACUGCUGACUGAUGGAGAUCCCACUUCAGGUGAAACCAGCAUAGAGAAGAUAAUGGGCAAUGUGAAAAAGGCCAUUGGGACAAAGUUUCCCCUCUAUUGUCUUGGUUUUGGAUAUGAUGUUAACUUUGACUUCCUGACAAAAAUGUCACUGGAAAAUAGUGGAGUUGCUCAGAGGAUUUAUGAAGAUUCAGACGCUGAUCUACAGCUGCAGGGCUUCUAUGAAGAAGUUGCCGUCCCUCUCCUCUCUGAUAUUCAACUUAAAUACCCAGGAGGGACAAACCUUACCAAGACCAGCUUUAGCUUGUACUUCAAUGGCUCUGAGAUUGUGGUGUCAGGACAAAUAACAGACAACAGUGUGGAGAGUUUCACAACUGAAGUCAUCGCAGUAUCAAAAGGCAGCAAUGUGACAUAUCAGGACACUACAAUUGUAAAAGACCCCAGUGAAGUUCCACCUGAGAAUGAAGGUUUUAUGCAGAGAUUGUGGGCCUACCUUACAGUUAAGCAGCUUCUGGAGAGACAGGUGCUUCUUAAAGGACAAGAGAAAGAGGAUGAAAAGAAAGAAGCUCUCAAACUCUCCCUGAAAUACCAGUUUGUCACUCCCCUCACCUCUAUGGUCGUUACGAAGCCACAGGAAGGUGACGUGGAAGUGGCCGACAAACCCAAAGAGGGAGAAAGGGAAGAAAUGGGAGAAAGGGCAUAUGCUGGAUAUGAUGUUGAUUUUGACUCCGAUAUAAGUCAUUUCCACCCACCAACUUUAAUGCACUUCCCAGUUGCAGAGGAUUAUAAUGAUCAUAUGAUUGAUUUCCCCCUACCAACUUUAAUGCACUUCCCAGUUGCAGAGGAUUAUAAUGAUCAUAUGAUUGAUUUCCCCCUACCAACUUACGGCUCCCCAACUAUGCAUACUAUUACUUCCCCUGCUGUGCAAGUCCAUAGCAAUCGUUUCCUGGUGCCUGUUGUUGGUCAGUCCAAGCCACUUUGUUUUGAUGUUCCUGUUCCUCACAAACUCAGACUCCUACAGGAUUCAGCUUCAGAGUUCUCUAUGAAUGGAGAGUCUUUGAGUGAACAAAAUGGAUUCCAUCAAAUUGCUAUUCAUUAUAAAACUAACCAUCACUUGAUAAUAAGCACAAGGUCUAUCAGUUACCGUAAUGGCCAGGACAAUGUUGAGAUUUCGUGGGGCCAGGAACUGACCCAACACAAUAGAGAUGGGGUGUCUCUGGUUGUUCUGAAAAAUGAAAUGAAUGUUACCAUGGGAAAUAUUGGUGUUGUUAUUAUUUCUCAUAAUAAAGAUGGGGUCAUGUUUUUGUGGCCUGCUAUUUGGGAAUAUCCAAAAGAUGUCAACCUGACAGGUGUUUUAGGAAAGUCUGAUAUUUCAUAUGUGAAGACUAAAGGAUCACAAACAGCAACUCUUAAGAUAAAGGACAAGGAGGUGAAGACAUCUUUGGAGGCUGUCAGCGAUUACAGAUUACCUUCAGCUCCUAUUCAAGAAUGCUGGCUUGUCCCAUUCCAGGCUGUGAUGGAGGCAGAGAUUUCUGAUUUCACUAUCACUCAGCUGUAGAGUUGAUAAUGGUUCAUGUUAAUUAAAUGCUUCAAUGUUUCAAUCCUACCUGGCCUAGGAAGGUGGAAGGUCCAUUCAAGACUUGCUUAUAAUUGUCUUAAGUAUAUUGUUCGCUUGAUACGCUGACUAAUUUUUGUUGUUGUUGUUGUAAAUCCACUCUAGCUGCCUUUCCAUGGAUUAAUCCAGAUUGACUCUUAAUAAAUACAAAUUCUCAUG